UAUUAGCCCGGACUGGCUUAGAACCUUUAUUACCUCUAUAGAGACUGUUCCCAAACAGUCACAUUCCAAGGUACCAUUCCAAGGUUAAGGAUUCAACAUAUACACUUGGGGAGACAUAAUUCAGCCCAGGAUGUGCCUCAGUCCUGGCCUCUGGCUGUUCCUUUUUCAUCAGGAUCUCUCACACCUCCAGGCUGACUCUCCUGUCUCUCUGUCGUGCUUUAGGCUGCUCCUCCAAGAAGGUUCUCCAGGGAAGCCUCUUUUUGGAGCACACUCUCUUGUGUUUCCUUUGCAGUUAGUUCUUGGGGACACUUGGCUAGGGAGGUUGAUAUGGACAGUGCAUUUGCUGUCCACCAGAGGUCAGAACUGUGCUGGGCAGGGUUUGAACCCCUCAAGCUCCAGCCCAGAGCCUGGAGCAUCACACACAUUGUAUGUCAGGCCCAGUCAAGGCCAAGAUGGUGCUUAGAACCUAGGGAGGCUCUGGUGUCAUGGGAGAGACAGGCAGCAUAUCAGUGCACAAGACAGAGAUUGAAUGAGCACCAAGAUCCAGAGGACCUGGUAGGACCUGAUGCCCCAGUCAUGUGAGUUGAAAUCUGCUCCAUGAGAAGGCAUCAGCUACAUGCAAAUGUGGGACAGAAGGAACACCAGGUGCAAGAGCCCUGAGGCAGGAAUGAGUGGACAUACAGGAAGAAGGGGGAGGGUGGCCUUGAUGUGGAGUCUGGGAUUAAGUGGAUAUGAGACAGAGAACCUGCCAGAAGGGUAUUGACGAAAACACCUGGAGGCUGGGCCUAGGACUCAGAGAGUUGCUGGCAUCUGGUGCCACCGGAGGCUCCACCCCUGUGGUUCUUUCUGCAGCUCCUGGCCUGUUUUGUAUCCGGAUCCUGGGCCUGCGCUCCAGUGUGGGCACAGCUGUACAGGCACGUGGUGUCCAUCAGAGUGUGGCUACUGUGUGCCCGAGCAGCACCCAGCCUUCCGUGUUAAAGGCCGGAGCCGUGGUCCCCAAAUCCGCCGACCUUCCUAGGAGCCGAGGCGAGUAUGUAGUGGCCAAGUUGGAUGACCUCGUCAACUGGGCCCGCCGGAGCUCUUUAUGGCCCAUGACCUUUGGCCUGGCCUGCUGUGCUGUGGAAAUGAUGCAUAUGGCAGCACCCCGCUAUGACAUGGACCGCUUUGGUGUGGUUUUCCGUGCCAGCCCACGCCAGGCUGAUGUGAUGAUCGUGGCCGGCACACUGACCAACAAGAUGGCCCCGGCACUCCGCAAGGUCUAUGACCAGAUGCCAGAGCCUCGUUAUGUUGUAUCCAUGGGGAGCUGCGCUAAUGGAGGCGGUUACUACCACUACUCCUACUCCGUUGUGAGGGGCUGCGACCGCAUCGUGCCCGUGGACAUCUACGUGCCAGGCUGCCCACCCACGGCCGAGGCUCUGCUGUAUGGCAUCCUGCAGCUGCAGAGGAAGAUCAAACGGGAGAAGAGACUGAAGAUCUGGUACCGCAGGUAGUGCCACUGGCACUGCCAUCCCUGAGAUUGUGAAUAAAUCUGUAGUAAACCCGCCUGAGUCCUGGAGCCCACCAUACUGUGCCAUGUGGAGUGUGGAGGAAGGGAAGCAAG